CGGCUUCCGCUCCAUCCAUUCAUCCAUCCCGGAGUGCGCCUCUGCUGCGGAGCUUUUGCGCGCAGGCAGGCUGGAGAGAGAUGACAAGAGCCCCGCGGAACUGGCCAGACAAACAUGGAUCUCCGUAAAACGCUGAUUUCGGUGCUUUGGAUAUUAUUGCUGAACUCUUUGGAAGACUGUUGCGCGGAGGAAGUGGUGCUGCUGAAUUCUAAAGAGACACAAGCAGAGUUGGGCUGGACGUCAUUUCCCCCCAAUGGGUGGGAGGAGAUAAGCGGUGUGGAUGAAAAGUACAAGCCGAUUCGGACCUACCAGGUGUGCAAUGUGAUGGAGCCCACACAGCAGAACAACUGGUUGCAGACCGGGUGGGUGGCACGUCGAGGAGGCCAGCGCAUCUUUGUGGAGCUCCAGUUCACGCUCCGCGACUGCAACAGCAUUCCCGGAGUGGCCGGAACCUGUAAGGAGACUUUCAACUUACUCUACGUCGAAUCGGAUAGAGACCUCGGCGGCGUGACCCGAGAGGACCGCUACACAAAGAUCGACACCAUAGCCGCAGACGAGAGCUUCACUCAGGGCGAUUUGGGUGAAAGGAAAAUGAAACUGAACACAGAAGUGCGAGAGAUCGGCCAUCUCAACCGUAGAGGUUUUCACCUGGCAUUCCAGGAUGUGGGCGCCUGCGUGGCCCUGGUGGCCGUGCGGGUGUACUACAAGCGUUGCCUCGCCACCGUUCAGAAUUUGGCUAUCUUUCCUGAUACCGUGGCAGAAGCGGCCUUUUCCACAUUGGUCGAAGUGCGCGGAAGCUGCGUCAACAACUCUGAGGUGGAUGCCGACAGCCCUCCCAGGAUGCAUUGCAGUGCAGAAGGGGAAUGGCUGGUGCCAAUCGGGAAGUGCAGCUGUAGCGCAGGUUACGAGGAGGGACACAGCAGCUGUGAAGCGUGUCCCCCUGGAUCAUACAAGAUGUCCUCCAGGCAGCAGGAGUGCUUCCCCUGCCCUGCAAACAGCGUUGCCGAGGAGGAGGGUUCAGUCGUGUGCGUGUGCGAAGAGGACCACUUCAGGACGCCCCUCGAUUCGCCUUCCUCACCGUGCACACGUCCUCCCUCACCGCCCCGGGACUUAGUCUACACCUUGAAGCAAUCCACUCUCAUCUUGGAAUGGAGCGCACCAUCCGAUACAGGAGGCAGAGUGGAUCUAACCUACAGCGUGGGCUGCCGGCGGUGCGCUAGCUGGCGGUGUGAGCCCUGCGGGGCGAGCAUUGGCUUUGUACCUCAGCAGGUGGGCCUGACGGAGAGAACUGUGACGGUGGUCAAUCUCCUUCCCAAUACCAACUACACGUUCACCGUGGAGGCUCUGAAUGGAGUGUCUGAGCUUCUGCCCAGCAAGAGGUUCUACACCCAGGUCAACGUGUCCACAAGCUUGCCUGCUUCAUCUCUGAUUAGUGACCUACGAGCAGAGAAGAUUGAGGAGAAGAGCAUCACGUUGGUGUGGAGGCAGCCCUCAUCGCCAAACAGCAGCAGGACAGAAUAUGAAGUCAAAUACUACGAAAAGGAGCAAAAAGAUCAAAGUUAUUCGACCAUGAAAACCGCCGCCACACGGAUCAGUGUCAACAACCUCAAAGCCGGCACCACCUAUGUCUUCCUCAUCCGGCCCUUCACUACGCCGGCGCCCUCCUCAUCUCUGUCCUCUUCCCCUCUCUCAUCCUCUUCCUCUUCGACUUAUCCAUCUUCCUCGUCGGCUUCUUCCUCAUCAUCCUCCUCCUCCUCUUCAUCCUCCUCCUCCUCUCCUCCUCCCAUUGACUACGGAGCCUACAGCGCUCCCCUGGAGCUGCAGACUCUCGGAGAGCUCGCCCUGGCAUCCAGCGAACAGAGUCCAGUGGUGAUCAUCGCCAUCGUGUCGGUAGCAGCACUCGUCAUGCUACUCUCUAUGGGAGUGGGACUUCACAUCUGGAGAAGCAGUGUCUGCUCAAGCUCCUCCAAUGUAACUCCUGCUAGCGUGGUGCUGCUCUCGACCUCCUUCUCCACUCUUCCUCCUCCUCCUCCUCUUCUCUCUCCUCUUCCUCCCUUCACACAGCUGAUGCCCAGACAAUGCGGCUACAGCAAAGCCUCUCAAGAGGGAGACGAGGAACUUUACUUCCAGUUCAAGAUUCCCACACGAAGGACCUACAUUGACCCAGAGACUUGUGAAGACCUGCUGCAGGCUGUCCAUGCCUUUGCCAAGGAGUUGGACAACUCCAGCAUCAAGAUUGAGAGGAUUGUUCACACAGGCGACUUUGGGGAGGUGUGUCGCGGCUGUCUCAAACUGCCAAGCAAGCGAGAGCUACCGGUGGCCAUUAAGACAUUAAGAGCAGGCUGCUCGGAGAAACAACGGCGUUCGUUCCUCAGCGAGGCCGGUAUCCUGGGGCAGUUUGACCACUCCAACAUCAUCAGACUGGAAGGCGUCGUCACCAGCGGUAACACCAUGAUGAUCAUUGUGGAGAGCAUGUCCAAUGGAUCCUUAGACUCCUUCCUGAGGAAACAUGAGGGUCAGUUGAGCGUAAUGCAACUGAUGGAUAUGCUGACUGGUGUGGCAUCGGGGAUGAAGUACCUCGCCGAAAUGGGCUUUGUUCACAAACGGCUGGCUGCACAUAAGGUUCUGGUUAAUGCCAAUCUGGGCUGCAAGGUGUCUGGCUUCAGACCUCUUCAAGAGGACAAAAUAGAGGCUAUCUACACCACUCUGCACGGAGGGAAGAGCGUGGUGCUGUGGACCGCUCCAGAGGCCAUCCAGUACCAUCGCUUCUCCUCUGCUUCAGAUGUCUGGAGCUUUGGUAUCGUCAUGUGGGAGGUCAUGUCCUACGGGGAGAGACCCUACUGGGAUAUGGGCAACCAAGAUGUGAUCAAGGCCAUUGAGGACGGUUUCAGGCUGCCUGCUCCGGUGAACUGUCCUCCACAUCUGCAUCAGUUAAUGCUUGACUGUUGGCAGAAGGAGAGAACAGAGAGACCCAGUUUUAGUCAAAUCCACUCAGCGCUCAGCAAGAGCAUUCGCUCCCCCGACGGCAUCGGCUCCUCCACAUUGGCACGAAGGACAUUGAGUUCUUCCAUUACACUAGCAGAGAGGCCUCUCCCCACCUUCCCGUCAUUUAACUCAGUAGGAGAGUGGCUGGACGCUGUGGACAUGGGCCGAUACAAGGACAACUUCACUGCCGCAGGAUACUGCUAUUUGGAGUCAGUGGCGAGAAUGACUGUACAAGAUGUACUGAGUCUGGGCAUUACUUCCCUGGAGCACCAGAAGCUGAUCCUGGCUGCCAUCCAGACCCUGAGAGCCCAGGUCAUCCAAAUGCACGGACGCGGUGUGCAAGUGUAACAAACAAUCACCUGCACGACUGCUGCAGAUCACUGCUGCGUACAUGCAGAUGCGGAUGAUGGGAUGGAGAAGAGGCAAGAGAGACAUGUCUUUCCAAGUGAAGGGCAAAUAAAAAAGACCUCCUCUAUUUACUCCUCGUACCCAUUCUUCCUCAUGCCUUCUGCGAUUCCUUCCUUUCUUUUUACUAUGAAGCCCCUCAGAGACGAGCAGCGUUCCUCUAGUGAUCGGGGGGGAUGGCAGAGGAGCGAUGUCAUGUGACUUUUUGUGACCUCUAUCUGCACUUCUGACCUACAAAAAACUGUCAGCAGAAUCCUACCGGCUCCGGGACGAGCCUUAGCGGAAACACUAGAAAGAUCUCUUCCAAGAUGGUGAGAGAUGGACUUCAAAAAGGUUAUGAACUAAUUUUUUCCCUUUACCACUAUUCGUUUUUUUUUAAGUACUGUUUACUGGCCUUGAGUCAAGGACUGGCAAAAACACUUUUCUCCGCUGUCUGAUUUCACUUUAAAUAAGAAGCGGCGUCAUAUGAGGAUGCAAAAUAGCAUCGGUGUAUGCCAGAAGUGAUCUCAUAUCAGAUGGUGGAAGAAUAUCUCUGAGUAUUAAAAAUGGCAGGCUUGUAAUCCGCACACUCAGAGCAGCAGCUGUCAGUAGUUAUAAAGCCUGAGCUGUCCCGUGCAAAAGGGUCCAACACUUUAUGAAUUUAGUAGUUAAAUGAGGCCUGCAAAAAAAAACACUUUAAACAGGGGGGCUGAUGGUACUGCUUGAGCAAAGUGCACUGACACGCUUUAAUAGAGCUAUACUAUGGACGGUGAUGGACUAAACUUUCAGGAAUAUCGGUAUUAUACUUGUUGGGUCCCCUCCAGAGCUACCGACGGGGAGCAGGGCGCAGAAAGAGUUGUGCAUUUGAUCACCCAUAAGUUAAGUCGUCAUCUGUUUUACCACUUCUGGUUUUAUUCUUAUUCUUCCCCUCAAGCUGUCUUGUACGUACAAAUGAAAUAUUUAAUUCCCCCUUUAGCCUGAAUGUCAUCUUAAUCUUUUAUACCCUAACACUGAAUCAACCGUAUUUGGCAAUUUUGUUGUUCUUCUCCCCCCCUCCCCCAAAGUGACAAUAACAUUUUAUCCUAUCUUGUAAUCCUCCUCUGCUCAAAGGCUUCCAUGUUAAAUAUGCUUCUUGUGUAGAACUCAGGUCAACUCUGGAAGAUGACCCGAAUUUCGUAUUUAUUUAUGUUGAACCGCAACCUCUCUAGAUAAUAAAAAAAAAAGAGGUAGAAUGGUUAAAUUAACUUUAAAGUAAAAAAUAAAUAUAUAUGUGUUUGCUAAUGAUAAAACUGUGACAUAUUCUGAACAAACGUGUUCCAUAUAAAAGGAAACAAAGCUACCGAUGGAGGAUGUCAGCACACAGUAUCUGUGUAUUUCUUGAACAGUUUAGGUCUGUUAUCAUUGGCUGUACUGUAUGCAUUACAGUAUGUGUGAAUACAGUGUUUUUUUGUUGUAUUUUGUUUAUUAUAACGGUGUUAUGUUAUUACAUUACUGUUGUUGGUGUCAUGCUCAUCGAAAUGUUCUCAGGGGAUUUAAUCGAUCACAACUGGAUUGCUUAGGUUGUUUCGGAAAACGAGGGACUUCCACCCAAACGACUGUCGUUUUGUACUACAAAAAGUACUCCCGGUGUUGUUUUUGGCAGCCUUUUGGGUGGAAAAUGCUUAAGAGUAUUAGUUACUUUUUUUAGUUUUAUGGGGAACACCAACAGUUCAAACACCGAGUCACUCAAAAAUGGGUCGCUAUGACUACACGUUGCAUUUGUUCUACACAUAAAGCCAAUGGAUUGACGUCAGCACAGCAAAGCUAACUUUACUAUGAAAUGUAUCACAAACCGAUUGUUGAGCAUCAUACCGUUUGUAUAAAAGAUAUGUUCACAGGACUUGCUGUAACUUGCCUUCCCGUGGAGAGACGUCAGGGACGGCGUCAGAUUUCAAAAAGUCACUUCAAAAAGUGCCACCGUGAUCCAAAUGUCAUGCAUUUUGAACAGUCUGACGGACCACCCACUAAGAUCUUCGUCCAGUCUUGUCUUGUCAUGUUGUAGUUGUCAGAGAGCCAUGUGUCAGACUACAUUAAAGUAGUCCAGAAGCGAAAUGAUUAACACGAAAGAACAAGCAAGACAUACCAGGACUGAAGACAGCGAAGUGAGUGCUCGAUAUGGAUAAAGAGGACAGCGAAGUGAGCCCUCGAUAUGGAUAAAGAGGACAGCGAAGUGAGCGCUAGAUAUGGAUAAAGACAGCGAAGUGAGCACUAGAUAUGGAUAAAGAAGACAGCGAGGUGAGCGCUAGAUAUGGAUAAAGACAACGAAGUGAGCGCUAGAUAUGAAUAAAGAAGACAGCGAAGUCAGCGCUAGAUAUGGACAAAGAGGACAGCGAAGUGAGCGCUACAAAUGGACAAAGGACAGCGAAGUGAGUGCUAGAUAUGGACAAAGGACAGCGAAGUGAGCAGUAGAUAUGGAUAAAGAAGACAGCGAAGGGAGCGCUAGAUAUGGAUAAAGAAGACAGCGAGGUGAGCGCUCGAUAUGGAUAAAGACAGCAAAUUGAGCGCUAGAUAUGGAUAAAGACAACAAAAUGAGCGCUAGAAAUGGAUAAAGAGGACAGCGAGGUGAGCGCUAGAUAUGGAUAAAGAAGACAGUGAAGUGAGCGCUAGAAAUGGAUAAAGAGGACAGCGAAGUGAGCACUAGAUAUGGAUAAAGACCGCAAAGUGAGUGAUAGAUAUGGAUAAAGAAGACAGCAAAGUGAGUGCUCGAUAUGGAUAAAGACAACAAAAUGAGCACUAGAAAUGGACAAAGAGGACAGUGAAGUGAGCGCUGGAUAUGAAUAAAGAAGACAGCAAAGUGAGCGCUAGAUAUGGACAAAGAAGACAGCAAAGUGAGCGCUAAAUAUGGAUAAAGAAGACAGCGAAGUGAGCGCUAGAUAUGGACAAAGAAGACAGCAAAGUGAGCACUAAAUAUGGAUAAAGAGGACAGCGAUGUGAGCACUAGAUACGCAUAAAGAGGACAGCGAAGUGAGCACUAGAUAUGGAUAAAGAGGACAGCGAAGUGAGCGCUAGAUACGCAUAAAGAGGACAGCGAAGUGAGCACUAGAUACGCAUAAAGAGGACAGCGAAGUGAGCACUACAUAUGGAUAAAGAGGACAGCAAAGUGAGCACUAGAUAUGGAUAAAGAGGACAGUGAAGUGAGCACUAGAUAUGGAUAAAGAGGACAGCAAGGUGAGUGACAGCCUGUUCAGGUGAGAGGCGAAACAUCUUCCAAGACAUCCCAAACAGUCCAGUUGCGAUUGAUUCCAUUCCGUGAGCAUACAAAGACCUGGAUGAAUGAGAGUAUUCACAGGCGAGGAUGUUAUUGCACUUUUUUUUUUCCUUGUUAAACCCACAUUUCUCUGUACACUGAUCUGCCCCCCUUUGCCUUUUUGGUACCAUUACUGACUAAGAAAGUUUAGUAGGGCAUUAAUUGUUGACAAUAUUCCACAAAGGACAGAAAUAUGACUGAAAUAAUGUAACCGGUUUGUAUUUGCUACAGAAUAGUUUACGUCUUUUUGCUUGUUCUUGUUUGUCUUUCUUAGUAAUGUCAAAAUAAAGAUACAGACAAAUGACAAAUUAAAUUACAAAAAAAAAAAAAUGUUUUUUAAUUUGUCAGCUAUCUGUAAGUCCUCAUGAUUCCACAAUCGUGGUUAACCAUGAAGUAAUUUUCCUAUUUCUCACACGUGCACACCUCAAACUUAAAUGCCCCCACAAGCAUUCACACGCACAACAACAAAAACCUUAAGGGAUCUUGUUGCCACAAUGAAUGAAACGUAAAUUAUUCCCCAUUUCUUCCCAUUAUAUGUUUAAUACUGUAAAUAUGUACUUGAAAAUGCUAAAUCUAUUUUUAUAAUUUGUUUGAAAAAUAAUGUGUUGGAUAUACAGUAAUAUCUGCUCACUGUGUAAGGGGUUAUUUGUUUGAAUUUAGGGCCAUGGCCAAAAUAACGGUGUUUGGAAUAUUCAAUUGAAAAGAAAUUGUCUUUUUGUUAGUUUUUGAUGAUUUUUACCCAUUAGACAAAAUUCUGAUGGCUGUUACAAAUAUGAAAUGUGUUAUUAAAA